AUGUUAUUUUGGGUGGUUGUCACAGCACUUUUGUGUGGUUCAGCAAUACAAGCUAUUCCAUCGGUCUUUUUUAUAUAUCCUCAAAAUUUGACACCAACAGGAUGCACGGGCACCAAUUCAUGGACUAAAUGGUUCAAUUCAGCUAAACCAAGUGGUAGUGAAAAUGUUGACAAAGAACUUCUCGCAACAAUUCAAGCAGCAAAUGGCCGUGACGUAUGUGCGAAACCUCAAGGCAUUCAUGUAGAAUCAGUAAGUCCACUUCCUGGUUCAGGUCCUUUUCAAGGAUCAUGGUCAGUAACGAAUAACAUUGUUACUGGAUUUCAAUCAGCUACGGUUGGCCUUGAUUUUCAAGUAAGAUUUUGUUGUCCUAAUACUGAUUUCGUCCCGACCACAACAACGACAACAACACCAAGACCUAUGCCAAGUAGUACAUGUGGUCGAGCAGAGAUAAAACAUUCAAUUGCCAACUCACGAAUCUUCGGUGGUUCACAUGCUAUACCCAAUUCAUGGCCAUGGCAAGUACUUUAUGAGGAAAGAAAACCUUGUGGAACCAACCAAGUUUGUAUCGGCUCAUGUGGUGGUACUUUGAUCGAUUCACGUCAUGUUCUUACAGCAUCUCACUGUAUAGGAAAUAAUAAUCCAAGUGCCAUAACUAUCACAGCUGGUUUACACAAUAAACUUAAUACUGAAUCUACACGACAAGUGAGAGCUGUUGAACGCAUCUUCAUGCAUCCUAAUUAUAAUAACCAAACAAUUGAAAACGAUUUAACUAUUCUUCGAUUGGCUCAACCUGUUACAUUCAAUACAUAUGUUCAACCAGCAUGUUUACCUGGACCGGAGCCAAGUCAUGAUGAAAAUGUUGUUUUGAUUGGAUGGGGAGCUUUAAAACUCGGCGGAGGUGCCUAUCAUGAAUUGAAACAAACUCAAGUUAAAGUUAUUAGUGAGUGUAACAAAUUCUGGGGUCAAGUAGAUGAAGAUAAACAAGUUUGUGUUGGACAUGCUGCUACUGGUGAUUCAGCUUGUCAAGGUGACAGUGGCGGUCCGAUGUUGUACGAACGUAAUGGACAAUGGAUUGUAUCAGGUGUAGCUAGUUUUGUCUCUUCGAGUGGAUGCACAACAUACUCGAAUUCUAGACCUAAUGUCUAUGUUCGUGUAUCCGCUUAUUUACCUUGGAUCAAGAGCAUUAUUUAA